AUGUGUCGUACUAUGGACGGAGCUUCUGGGAGCGUUGACAUCACCCAGGGACGGGAGGUGCUCCCCUCCAAUGUCAAGCCGCUCCACUACGACAUUGAGCUCGAACCCAACUUCAAGGACUUCAACUUCAACGGGACUGUAGCCAUUGACAUCGAGAUUACAGAAGCCUCCAAAGAGAUCUCAGUUAAUUCUCUCGAGAUCGAAGUCAAGGAAACGAAACUCGAGAUCAACGGGAAGACCCUGACACCCACUUCAUCCAUAUACGAUGAGGACAUCCAGACCAACAAGUUCACCUUCGACGAGACUCUGCCGGAGGGUGCGAAGGCUACCUUGACCAUCAAGUUUGUUGGAAUCCUCAAUGAUAAGAUGGCCGGUUUCUACCGAUCAUCCUACAAGGACGCCAAUGGAGAGACCAAGUACAUGGCUACAACCCAGAUGGAGCCUACAGAUGCGAGACGGGCCGUACCUUGCUUCGAUCAGCCCAACCUCAAAUCGACCUGGUCCGUCACCCUGAUCGCCGACAAGGAAUUGACCUGUCUAUCAAACAUGGACGUUAAAGAGGAGAAGGAUCUUGACAACGGAAAGAAGUCUGUUUCCUUCAACAAGACCCCUCCUAUGUCCACCUACCUUCUGGCUUUCAUUGUCGGUGACCUCAAAUACAAGGAGACCAAUGCCUUCCGUCUCCCCAUCCGUGUGUACGCUACCCCCGGAAACGAGCAGUACGCCGAUUUCUCCCUUGACAUCGCCGCGCGCACCCUCACGUUCUACGAGAAAGAAUUUGGCGUCGAUUACCCUCUCCCCAAGAUGGACAUGGUUGCUAUUCCUGACUUCUCCGCCGGUGCUAUGGAGAACUGGGGUUUGAUUACCUACCGUAUCGUCGACCUGCUCUACGAUCCCAAGACUGCCUCCGUCGACCGGAAACAGCGUAUCGCUGAGGUCGUUCAGCACGAACUUGCCCACCAGUGGUUCGGUAACUUGGUCACCAUGGACUUCUGGGAGGGUCUGUGGCUCAACGAGGGUUUUGCUACUUGGAUGAGUUGGUACUCGAUGAACGAGUUCUACCCUAACUGGAAGGUAUGGGAGAACUACGUUGUCGAUAACCUGGCUUCCGCCUUGAACUUGGAUGGUCUGAGGAGCAGUCACCCCAUCGAGGUGCCAGUGAAGAGGGUCGCCGAGAUCAACCAGAUCUUCGACAGCAUCUCAUACGCCAAGGGAUCCAGUAUUCUCCGCAUGGUGUCCAAGUACCUCGGAGAGGAGGUGUUCAUCAAGGGUGUCAGGGCUUACUUGAAGAAGCACGCCUACGGCAACACUCAGACUACCGACCUUUGGGCCGCUCUUAGCGAGGCCAGUGGAAAGGAUGUCGAGAGCGCCAUGGCAACAUGGACCAAGAAGAUCGGAUACCCCGUCAUCACCGUCACCGAAGACGGCAAGAAGGUCCACCUGAAGCAGAACCGCUACCUCAAGACCGCUGAUGUCAAGCCUGAGGAGGACGAGACUCUCUGGCCUAUUUUCGUCGGUCUCAAGACCAAGGACGGAGUUGACGAGGACAUCGUCUUCGAGACUCGUGAAACCACAAUCGAAGUCCCUGACACCGACUUCUUCAAGCUCAAUGCCGAUCAGUCUGCCGUCUACCGCACACUGUACUCUCCUGAACGCCUCAAGAAGCUUGGAGAGUCGGCCAAGACUGGUCUCCUCUCUGUCGAGGACCGCGCCGGUAUCCUCGGAGACGCCGGUGCUCUCGCUACCAGCGGCUACCAGAAGACCUCCGCGCUGCUGGACCUCGUUGCCGGCUUCAAGGAGGAGGAGAGCUACGUUGUCUGGGCUGAGAUUUCUGCUCGUGUCUCGAGCAUCAAGAGCGCGUGGCUUUUCGCUCCUCAGGAGGAGAGGGAUGCUCUGAAGCAGUUCCAGUGUGAUCUGAUGGCACCCCUUGCCCACAAACUUGGAUGGGAGUUCAAGGAAGGUGACGAUGAGCUUACCCAGCAGCUGAAGACCUUGGCUUUCAGCAUUGCCGGUCUCAAUGGCGACCCCAAGGUCAUUGAGGCGGCCAUGGGCAUGUUCAAGAAGUUUGCUGCUGGCGACCUCGACGCUAUUCACCCUAACCUUCGUGGAACCGUCUACGGAAUUGCUCUGCAGUACGGCGAGAACCAGGGUGAGAAGGAAUGGGAUGUCGUCUACAACGCCUUCAAGAACGGCCGCAAUAACGACGAGAAGAACGUUGCGCUCCGAUGGCUCGGUCGCUCCAAGAACCCUGAGAACAUCAAGAAGACUCUGGCCCUGGCUCUCAGCUCCGAGGUCAAGGACCAAGAUAUCUACCAACCCAUCUCUGGCGUCCGCUCUCACCGUGAGGGUAGCGAAGCGAUCUGGGCCUGGUUCCAGGAGAACUACGAGCUGUUGAUCAAGAAGCUUCCCCCGGGGCUCUCGAUGCUUGGCAGCGUGGUCUCCAUGUGUACCAGCAACUUCACAUCCGACGAGCAGGCGCGUGAGGUUUCCGACUUCUUCAAGAACAAGGAUACCAAGGGCUUCGACCGCGCGCUGGCACAAUCCCUGGAUACCAUUGCGGCCAAGGCUAGCUGGAUUGCGAGGGACAAGAAGGAUGUCGAGAAGUGGCUCAAGGAUAACGAGUACCUUCCUAAGGAGUACCAGCCAAAGUUGUAG